ACCUUUCGAACGAUCUCUGCUCUAGAGAAUCGCCCUCACGCUCUUUGCUUGGCAGUCUCGACUACAAACCACCCUAAUAUUCGUCACCACUAUCAACAAGCCGAAUACCCCUGACAGUCACCAUGUCUCCCCAAGACAACAACGAACACUGGGUCGCCCGCUUCUUCGACGCCCGCUCUGAGCCUCAAGCAGAGUCAGACCUCGUCCAGGACGCUGCUACCAACUCAAACCCGCCCCCGCCGAGCUCGUCAAAUGCCCCGAGCUCAUUGGCGAUUUUCGCCGUUAUCAUGGGCAUUAUUGCCGCCCUCGUCCUGGCCUUCAUUGGAUGGAAGUUCCUCAAGCGCAGACGUGCACGCAGCAGCAGCACAACAGAGAUCAGCGCAGGCGUGUACGAAGUCGACUUCAACGGGGCAUCGCCCGCAUUCCAACACGGCGACGACGACUUGAAGACGCCCCGGCCGCUCGCGGUGCCCAAGACGCCGGGCGACGGCGUCAGCUGGGCACCGCAGGUCAAGUCUAUCCGCGGACCCGUGUACGACCCUGAGAAGGACGCGGCGGACGUGCCGCUCCCGCCCACCCCGCGCACACCGCACACGCCGCGCCACGGCAGCAUGACCCCGCGCACGCCACGCACCCCGCACGGGUUCCCCACGGCAGCACCGCCUGUCCCGCCAAUGCCGUCGCCGCCGCUGCCGGGCCGCUCGAGCGACGAGCCCGCGUUCCCGCCUGGCUACGGCGCCGAGGUACUGACGUCGCCCGCCCCGCCGAGCCCGAACCCGUACGCGCUCUCGGCGAGCGGGUACAAGGCGCGCACGCUCGAGAAGGUGCAGAGGAACUACGAUAAUUGAAUGCGCCAGCCUGCGGUCCAACAACGCCCCCGCGGCGCGGCGCGGCGUGCUGAUGACCAGUAACGAUCGACGACGUCCGAGGGCCAGCGUCAGGCUGACGGCAUGCUCGCCUGCGCUUCCUGCUGCAUCACCCUACGCCAGAUAUAUGGCUAUGGUCAUGGUGAGGUAGAUUGGCGGGAACGGGCGACUGCCCAGCUACGGGUUCUGCGAAAAGUCUGUCUGCGUCUCACUCCCAUCUGAAAGAAAGAAGAACUGUCUGGGCUUGACUUAUACCUAUUUACCCCCGCUAUGUGCUACGGCUCCGCAAGGAUCACUGGUUUUCGGAUUACGCACCGCUUUCGACUACGCAAUUUUCUUCUGAUGACUGCUAGCAGUUAACUUAUUUCGCUAUUCGUUCAGAGGACGGUCUGCCUUGGCGCAGCCUCUAUACUUUUCAUGACGCAUUUACCCAUAUUUAUACAUAACAUUUUGGAGCUGCUUACAAUCAAUUCAAUCCGAAACGUCGCUUGGGCCGACGCUGACCCUUGCAGUAAAC